GACCGAACAUCGAACUUCCCGUCCCACGUCAACCUCCACCCUUCCCGCCCAAUAGCAACAGCAUACACUCGCAAUGGCUCCUCCCAAAUCCAGAAAGGUCGCCGUUCUCGGCUCUCGCUCCGUCGGUAAAUCCUCCCUCACCGUCCAAUUCGUCGAAAAUCACUUUGUCGAAUCAUACUACCCUACAAUCGAAAACACCUUCUCCAAAACAAUCAAGUACAAGAACCAAGAAUACGCGACCGAAAUCAUCGACACGGCCGGCCAAGACGAGUACUCCAUCUUAAACUCCAAACACUCGAUCGGUAUCCACGGAUACGUUCUCGUGUACUCCGUUGCGUCCAAGUCGUCUUUCGAGAUGGUCAAGAUUAUCAGAGACAAGAUUCUGAAUCACACGGGGACGGAUUGGGUUCCGAUCGUGGUUGUGGGAAACAAGAGUGAUUUGCACAUGCAGAGGCAGGUUAGUGCGGAUGAUGGGAAGGCAUUGGCUCAGCAGUGGAAUUGUGCGUGGACGGAGGCGAGUGCGAGACAUAAUGAGAAUGUUGCCCGCGCAUUCGAACUCGUUAUUGCUGAGGUUGAGAAAUCCGCAAAUCCGCAGAACCCUCCCGAGAAGGGGUGUGUCAUUGCGUAA